CACUGCAUCACAAGGAGGAACUGUUUGUACCAUGUGACCAGGCUGAGAGGGCUUUGUUUUAACUUGAUCAUCGUGCACGCUUAUCGAAGUUACUGGGACUUCUGCCACUGUUUGGCAGUGUAGAAAAAUCUCUACUGCUAUUCCUCACCAUCCUAACAGAAACGUGGCCUAAAAGAGGAGGCCACAGGAGAAAGAAAUCAAAUAAACAAGCAACAAACAACAAAACAUGGAUUAACUUAUACAAGAAGCCAGGACUCCAUCCUUUCUAAUAAACAAAGGUGCACACUGCAGGCAAAGCUGUGUGAUGUUAAACCUCUUGUCAAUAGCAGAGGUGUGAGGACUGCUGGAUAAGCAUGGAGGACACGUCCCCCAUCGUGACCAUCCAGCCCAGUGAGGACAAGCACCCUUGCAGUAGCCAGAAAUACGGCUCUGUCAGCCACGAGACUGCUGAGGGUGACAUCCCCUCCGCAGAUGCCGGAAUCAAGUCCUCUAAGCGGGCGUAUGUUGCAGUGGCUGUGCUCUGCUACGUCAAUCUGCUCAACUAUAUGGAUCGCUACACGAUCGCAGGAGUUCUGCCUAGCAUCCAGAAUUACUUUCGCAUCACUGACAGCACAUCCGGCCUACUACAGACAGUUUUCAUCUGCAGCUUCAUGCUGUUGGCGCCGGCCUUCGGUUACCUUGGAGACCGGUACAACCGGAAGGUGAUCAUGGUGGCCGGUAUGAUUGCAUGGAUUGUCACAACACUGGGGAGUUCUUUCAUCACUGAAGAGUACUUCUGGGUACUGGUGCUGAUGCGGGCCUUGGUCGGCACGGGAGAGGCCAGUUACUGCACCAUCGCUCCCACCAUCAUCGGGGACCUGUUCAUUGGCUCCCAAAGAUCCAUCAUGAUCUCCUUCUUCUACAUCUUCAUCCCAGUAGGGAGUGGUCUUGGCUACAUCCUGGGAUCCAAAAUUGCCAGUGUGACAGGAGAUUGGCACUGGGCCCUCAGGCUCAACCCGAUCCUGGGCGUCCCGGGCCUGCUCCUGCUGGUGUUCCUCAUGCCCAACCCUCCUCGAGGAGCCUCCGAAAUGCAAGGAUCUGUGUGCAUUGAGCAUACAUCUUACCUGGAGGAUGUCAAGUAUCUCCUCAGAAACCGGAGCUUUGUGUGGUCCUCCCUGGGGGUGACAGCCAUGGCAUUUGUCACAGGGGCGCUUGCAUUUUGGACGCCCACUUUCCUGUCUCGUGCCCGGGUCAAGCAGGGCAUCAUGCCACCCUGUGUGAAAGAGCCCUGUGACCCUUCCGACAGCUUGAUCUUUGGCGUGAUCACGGUGGUGACGGGAAUCAUGGGGGUCUUUGUGGGCACCGCCAUAUCCAGGAAGCUGCGCGACCGGUUGCCCAGCGCCGACCCAAUCAUCUGCGCAGUUGGCAUGCUCAGCUCCUCGCCCUGCCUGUUCCUAGCCAUCGUGCUGGCGGGCACCAGCAUCCCCGUCACAUACACAUUCAUUGGUAUUGGAGAGGUUCUGCUUUCACUGAACUGGGCAAUUAUAGCUGACAUCCUGCUGUAUGUCGUCAUACCAACCAGAAGGGCAACUGCCGAAGCCUUACAAAUUAUGGUUUGUCAUCUACUCGGCGACGCAGGAAGUCCUUACCUCCUUGGCAUAAUCUCCGACGUCGUGAGCAAGUUACAGGCCACCUCUCUUGAAUGGCGGUUCCAUAGUCUGGAGUACAGCAUUCUGAUCUGCCCCUUCAUCGGGGUCCUGGGCGGCCUCUUCUUCCUCUUCACUGCCCUUUACAUCAAAGAGGAUCGCAGGGCAGCAGAGGUGCUCGCAAUAGGCAUCCCAGGGGAGACUCCCACCAGGACGGAGGGCACGGCAGAGUCGGUCUGAGCCGGAGCGCGCGUUCGGACCAAUAGCGCCGCUGAUACCGCCGCGGAGCGUCCUAAGCUCGAGCCGUCUCACGGCCACAGCAAACUUAAUUUGAUUUUGAUUUGAUUUUGAAACUUAAUUGUCUUAAUUUGAUUCAUUGAUUGCAUUUUUUUUCUUUUUUGCGUGCAGCUACAAACAUACAUACAGCUACAAACAUUGUGUCUUUAACUACCCCCCCCCCCCCUCCUAUUCCACAAGUGCAUAUCCAGUUUCUCAUGUUGACCACAUUCCAUAUCUAAGCAUAAAUACCUUGAUCAACAGUCCGUUGCAGCUCAGUGUCAUAUUAAAUAUAUUCAUUAUAUGUGCUUAGGCCAGCUUCUGGAUAUGUUGAUGUUCAAAAUAGUUCUUACUGUGAUGUCUCUUGUUGGUCCUGGUCUUUCACUGGAACUAAUAGAAGCCCAGACAUAAACCUGAUUUAAUGGCUACCAAGGCAACAUAGCAUAUGCGCUAAAAUAGCCUCCAUAAGCUUCUUGAUUCCAGUUCAACCACAGACUGAGAAAUUUAUCUGAUAGUAUAUGUUUCUUGUUUUAUUGAGAUUUUACUACUUUUAAAUAAAUGUAUAAUAUAUGAGCCUAUAAAGUUGUUAGCUUUGUUAUAUAUGAGGUUGUUAUUUUUGUUGAUAAAAUGGGAAACACAUGUAAUGCCACCAUUUUACUACAAGAUGGCACUGUUCUUACACAUAAGCAGCCUUGCUAUAGCCUACAAACAAAUCAAAAAUGCUUGAAUAUUUUCAUUUGACUCAGCAUAUGAUUAAUGAUUAAUUACCUUUGAAUUUGCAACAUGGCAGUUUUAGAUUCAUUGCAUUUAAUGUUCCUCUGUGCUCAGGAGAUCUGUGAAAUCAGGCUCAUUAGUUCACCUGAUAAAAGUAAUUAAAAAUGUAUUUACAUA